ACCAUCCUAUAUCAUUCACAUAACUACAAACCUUGCCAAAAAUAAAUGAUAUUUUAAUGGACCAUUGCCCAAACCGCCAAAUGAGCUACGGUUUCAUUCCGCUGAAUUCCUUUGGUAAGCUUUUGUUGUUGCUGCAGGAAGAGCCGAGAGGAUCAUCUUUAUGGAAAACAACCAACAAACAGGCAACAAAAACAAAAAAAGGACGCAGAAAUCAUAAAGUGGUUUUGAACAAGUUAAAAAAGCGCAUAGGGGAAAAAAGGAAAGAAAAAGCUUCGAACACAAUCUCAUUCAUAGAAAGGCAAUAUUUCCUAGUCAUUGCCGAUGAUCAACUCAAACAUCAUCAUCAUCAGCAGGAGCAACCUGAGCCACCUGAAGAUGCGCACAGUGUUGGCGGGUUCUGA